GAUUGGCGGUGCUUGAGUGGGUAUAUAUACAAGCCGAGGCGCCAGGCGCAAGCACAGUUAGGCGACCUCUCUGCUGAGCUGUAGUCGCGAUGUCUGUCCCGGUGACUUUGGUCCUUCUCGGACUGCUCUGUCUGUCUGGCCUGGACGCCGAACCUCGUUCUCCAAGGGUUCAAGUUUACUCACGGCAUCCAGCAGAGAAUGGAAAGCCAAAUUACCUGAAUUGCUAUGUGUCUGGGUUCCAUCCACCCCAGAUUGAAAUUGAUUUGCUGAAGAAUGGGGAGAAGAUGAAAGUGGAGCAGUCAGACCUGUCUUUCAGCAAGGACUGGUCUUUCUACCUUCUGGUGCAUGCAAAUUUCACUCCUAGUGCUGAGGAUGAGUACACUUGCCGUGUGAAGCACAUUACUCUCUCUCAGCCCAAGAGAGUUAAGUGGGAUCAAUAUAACUAAACCAGUUAUCACUGAGAUUUGAAGACAUUUCAUUAGGGGAGAGAAGUAAUUUCUAAUUGUGUUUUCCUUCAUCUUAAUACUUACAUACUGUUAUGCUUUAUGUAUUCAAAUUGAGAAGUUAUAUUGAUGUUAACACAGAUAUCUUCUUUAUAAUUCUACUUUGGGAUCUACAUCGAUGUAGAUCCCAAUCUGGGCAGGGAGCUGUUGGAAGUUGCUGGAAGUAUGGCGGGGGCGGAGAGAAUCUCAUGUUCAAUAACAUCUUAGUCAAAUCUCAACUCUUCAGUCUUUUGUGCACAAAAUUUGAUAAGAUAGGUAUGCAUGUUUAAAGUUAACCUUCAGUUUUCAUUGCUUAGAAAUAUGGGGAAAUUUUUUGAAAAAAUAUUGUCAGUACUCUGGAAAUUUUUUGUGGAUGAAAGAAAAGAUACAGUCAUAUUUAUCUCUUACAUCUGUUGCAUAACUUUUGGUAUUUUUUGCUAUACUAAUUAAAAUGAUGGGAAACAUCAA